CGCGCCUGCCUGUUUGUUGGAAGUUGGAGAUUGGAAGUUGACUGAGAUUAAAGCUAGCAACAACUGAAUGGAGGCAACAAGAGACACAAGGCGGGAGCAGAGAAAAAAAAGAGAGAAAUCUAAGAGAGCACUCUUGGCUGGCAGUGAAAAAUGCUUCAAACUGACAGAGUUGUUUUUAAAAUCAAGUGCAGCUUGAGCUAGCACUAGCGCUAAUACUGCUAGCACUAAUAUUAGCGACACACCUGAGCUAGCACACCAGGGAGGACGACAGGACAGAGAGGAAUAUGAGCCAGAGGAGGAAGAAGAGGCAGACAUGGAUAACUGCAUGAAGCCUCGGUGCCUCAGUUCUGUAACUCUCCCACAAUGAUUGUGAUGGUUGGACUGCCAGCCAGAGGGAAGACGUACAUCUCCAAGAAGCUCACUCGCUACCUGAACUGGAUCGGAGUGCCUACAAAAAUGUUUAACGUGGGCCAGUACCGCAGGGAGGCUGUCAAGAUCUAUAAGAACUUUGAGUUCUUUAAAACUGAUAAUGAGGAGGCCAUGAGGAUCCGCAAGGCCUGUGCCUCCGCUGCCCUCAAAGACGUCUCUGUUUACUUCUCAAAGGAACAGGGACAAGUUGCCGUGUUUGAUGCUACCAACACCACCAGGGAGAGGAGGGCGAUCAUUAACAGUUUUGCAAAGGAGAAGGGCUACAAAGUGUUCUUUGUGGAAUCAAUCUGUGACGACCCAGAAAUCAUUGCGGAAAAUAUUAAGCAAGUAAAAUUUGGGAGUCCAGAUUACGUGGACCGGGACAUUGACGAAGCCAUGGAGGACUUUAUCCAGCGCAUCGAGUGUUACAGAGCCAACUACAUAUCUAUAGAUGACGAGAAGGACAGGAAGCUCUCCUACAUCAAGAUCUUCGACGUGGGCAGCAGGUACUUGGUGAACCAGGUGCAGGACCAUAUUCAAAGCAGGAUAGUCUACUACCUCAUGAACAUCCACGUCACACCGAGAUCCAUCUACCUGAGCCGCCACGGAGAGAGCGAACUCAACUUAUUAGGACGCAUUGGUGGAGAUUCAGGCCUCUCACCCAGAGGACAAAAGUAUGCCAACGCCUUGGCGACCUUCAUCAAAGGUCAGAAAAUCAAUGACCUGAAGGUGUGGACGAGCCACAUGAAGAGGACCAUCCAGACUGCAGAGGCUCUGGGCGUCCCGUACGAACAGUGGAAGGCCCUCAAUGAGAUAGACGCAGGUGUGUGUGAGGAGCUAACCUACGAGGAGAUUCAGGAGAAUUUCCCAGAGGAGUUUGCACUCAGAGACCAGGACAAGUAUCGUUAUCGUUACCCCAAGGGUGAGUCCUACGAGGACCUUGUCCACCGUCUGGAGCCGGUGAUCAUGGAGCUGGAAAGGCAGGAAAAUGUCCUGGUCGUCUGCCACCAAGCUGUUAUGCGCUGCCUGCUGGCCUACUUUCUAGACAAACCUGCAGAUGAGCUGCCUUAUCUCAGAUGCCCACUUCACACAGUGCUCAAACUCACACCAAUAGCCUACGGGUGUAAAGUGGAGCCGUUUUUCCUCAACAUUGAAGCGGUCAACACACACAGAGAGAGGCCGGGGAAUGUGGACAUCAACAGAAACCCAGAUGAAGCUCUGCAGACCGUCCCCGACCACAUAUAGAUGCCGGUUGUUAUUUUUGCAAAGAGGCCUACAAUCAUAUAUGAAACUCCAUGUGUUGCCACUCAUUAGCGUCACUUAAUUAUACCCCUCCGGCUGAAGGUUAAUUGCGUGACGACAGACGAUGCAGGACGAGAUGAGACGGUGGAGAUGUCCUCCGCCUGGUGGAGCCUCAGCAGGAGAUUCUGUUUUCAACAUGUCUGUGAGAUGUUCCUGUGUCUUAUCUGACUAGACUUUGCUCUCCACAUUUUGAAAGUGUCAAAUUGUUUACAAAUGAUUUAGAAAAAAAAAAAA